UACCGAUACUGGUGUGUCCUAAGGCAUUGCAUCUAUGUGUGCAGGGAAACUGAAGCAAAGCAUAUCAAAGUGGAACCUUUUAAUGCAAAUCAUCUUAAGAAGAGGAGAAAAAGGAAUGCUUCUGAAUCUCGAAGGGGCAGGAGAAAAAGGGGAAAGACUAGAGCAAUUACAAACAAUGAGAGUACUGCAAAAGCCAUGCUAGAGCCAACAACUAAACCCAUUAUAACAGACAGUGAAAGGACCACCAUUACAACAGAAGCUACUACUAUUACUACUACUACCACCACCGCUCCAUUGACAACAGAAAGUAGGAGUUCAACUAAAACCAGUACAGAUUCAGCAACUCUAAUUAUUACAACAUCUGCAGCUGUGACAACAACCAAAACAAAUCUAGUGACUCCUACACUAACAACCCUUUUGACCAUACCCCUCCUACAAUCAGUAGCAACAAAUCCACCAGUUCAAGACACUAACAAACUUGUAGUUGCAACAAAAAAUAUUUCUGCUACUACCCCAACAAACCUUUCUGUUUCAAAAAAUAUUACUCCAGUUGCAUCCAUCAAUGUAGAGUUUGCAAAUACAACUCCAGCACCAAUCACAAAUGCAGCGCCAAAGACCAGUAGUUUGGCUACCAUUAUGCCAGAGACUACCAGGCAGAGAGACACAACUUCAACCGUCCUAGAGACCACCACCAUAAAUAUUACUUCUUCUGCACAGGCAUUGUCAACCAUAGUGGCCACCAAUGAGGUUUCACCAACUACAACUACAGAAUUGACAACAGCUAAAACUAGUACGAUGGUUCCCAGUACUACUUCCACAACCCUCUUACCACCAACACCAGCUUUUGGUUUUCCUACCACAAUAACUCAAAAGCUGACACAUGCUGUUUCUCCCAUUUUGAAUACAAGCUCUACCACAUUAGCCACCCUGAGAACGCCAGAGGUGCCAAAAAUACAAGACACUUCUAAAACUACCUCUGAAAGUAUGCCAGGUACUGCAUCAACUACCAUUAUGCCUACAACAAGUAAAUUGUUCAAACAAGUCACUUCAGAGCCUACUUCAAUUUCAUCUACAAACUCCAUUAAGGGAGCAGAC